AGCAAUGAGUGUAGUUCUCUAAUAUCUGAAAUCUCUCUGACCGGCAAAUCAGGAGAUUCUGGUAUUACAGAAGCUGGGAUGAAUACUUAUGAUAUAUUAACUCCAGAUUUAGACAAGUCAGUAGAGGCUUCUGCUUCCAUCGAAGCUGCUCCUUGUAACAUGGUUGGUGAAACCAGUUGUAUUCCUUUUGAAGGUGAUGAUAGUCAUGUACAGGAAGCCCGUGAAGAUGGAAAUCUUCAGAAUAAUGAGAAACUAAUGGUUGAAGAGUCAGAUGUUGGAACAGAAAUGUUGAAAAGAAAAAAGAAAUAUCGUGUAGACAUUCUCCGCUGUGAAAGCUUGGCUUCUCUUGCACCAGCAACCCUUGAUCGAUUGUUUGUACGUGAUUAUGAUGUAGUUGUGUCCAUAGUGCCUCUUCCUCAUUCAUCAGUUCUUCCUGGACCCACAGGCCUGGUUCAUUUUGGCCCCCCAUCGUAUGCUUUUAUGACACCUUGGAUUAAAUUGGUAUUAUAUUCAACUGUAAAUAGUGGGCCUCUUUCAGUUGUUCUGAUGAAAGGACAGUGUUUGCGCUUUCUUCCUGCUCCAUUGGCUGGUUGUGAGAAAGCUCUCAUAUGGUUUUGGGAUGGUUCCACAGUAGGAGGGUUGGGAGGGAAGCAUGGAGGAAAUUUAGUAAAGGGAAGUAUACUCUUGCAUUGUUUAAAUUCAAUUCUUAAACAUUCAGCUGUGCUGGUGCAGCCUUUAAGUAGGUUUGACCUUGAUGAAUCUGGUAAGAUGAUCACAAUGGAUAUCCCUUUGCCCUUAAAGAACUCUGAUGGAUCUAUUACUUCUGUUGGAAAAGAGUUAGGAAUAUGUGAAGGGGAAAGUUCAAAACUGAAUUCUCUCUUGACUGAUUUGGCAAACAAGAUGGAGUUGUGGACGGUUGGGUAUAUUCGCCUACUGAAAUUAUAUAAUGAAGGAGAAUCAGACCAGUUCUCACCUGAAGAGAAGUAUGAAUGGGUUCCGUUGAGUGUUGAAUUUGGGAUGCCACUAUUCAGUCCAAAGUUGUGUAAUAAUAUAUGUAGAAGGGUUGUUUCUUCUGAAUUACUUCAAUCUGGCUCAUUUGAAAAACACCAUCAUGCAAUGCAAAGCUUAAGAAAAAAAUUGAACGACAUUUGUGCCGAGUACCAAGCAACAGGACCUGCUGCGAAGAUUCUUUACCAGAAGGAGAAAGCUAAAGAAUCCUCACGACAACUUAUGAAUUAUGCUAGUGGAAGGUGGAAUCCACUCAUGGACCCUUCUUCUCCCAUUUCUGGGGCGUCAAGUGAGCAUCAAAGGUUAAAACUUGCUAAUAGACAACGCUGCCGAACCGAAGUUUUAAGCUUUGAUGGCAGCAUUCUUAGAUCUUAUGCCUUAACUCCUGUGUACGAAGCUGCCACAAGGCCCAUUGAAGAAGCUUCCACAAGGCCAAUUGAUGAAGCUACUCAAGACAACACAAUAAAAGCUGAAACAGAUGAUAGUAAAGAUGUAAUCCUUCCUGGAGUAAAUCUUAUUUUCGAUGGUUCUGAGCUGCAUCCGUUCGAUAUUGGUGCCUGCCUCCAGGCACAUCAACCUAUUUCCUUAAUAGCAGAGGCAGCUGCUGCUUCAGCAUCUUUAGCAAUCAAAUAGCUCUGCAGUUAACAUACAUUAUACCACUUUGAUAAGCAUGAAUGGUGAAUGCUAAUGCUAGUGAGUCACGUGCCAAUAUUGUUGCUACUGUUUGGUUUGUCACCAUCUUCGAGAUUGUUAGUUGCCCAAAUGGUUGGACUCCGAUUAAUGGUUGCAUUUGUUUCGAGUUUUGCGAGUGCCAGAAAUUCACGUCAGUUAGAGCUGUGAAAAGAAGAAACGUGUUAUCGUUGCUAAUGAAAGUCCAUACUUGUGUAGGAGACAUUGUUCCUGUUGCAUGCUUGCAGCAAAACGGACAUUGUUCCAGCGUAAUUCAUAUUAAAGGAAAAUAUGGCCAUACGAGACAUCAUUAUUGCGUUCCGUCUUUUAAAAUGUGAAUUCAAUGUCUUUUACUUCAAUUGCUUCUUUUGUUACCAAUGUGCGUGUGUAAUUCUUUUAAUUCCAUGUUAGUUUAGGAAAAAUAUUGUGCGUGAUAUAAUCUUUCUUUUGUGACACGUCCGUUGCAGAUAAGAACUUUUGCUUGCACUGACCAAGAACGUCAAGAUCAUUCAAGAUUAAAAUUCAAAGAACAGCCAGCCAAGUGGUAGAGAUUCUUUUAUUUUCUAACACCUUUUAGUAAUACCCAAAUUGAUUCUAUUAAGGAGAUACAUUAAAUAUCAAGUUGGUCUAAUACAAAUUUAGAAAUGAGGUUACCCCCUCAAUCUUUGACGUUGACA